AGUGGUCGAGCUCUCCAGAGUAUCCAUCCACAUCCAGAUCUAGUAGCAAGGAGAGGAACUGAAAAAUGAUGACAUUUUUAAAACUGUGGAUGGCUGUACAACGAAGCGAAUUUGUUACGGAGAAAAAAACGGCAAUAAAAAGUACACACGACUUGUUAUGUAUCUCCUAACCGGCGGGAUCUGUGCGUGCAGGGCAUGCAUGAGCAGUCUCUGCAUUGUGCACUCAGUAAUGUGCGUGGCGGUCUGUUAGAGGACACAAUGGCGGCAAGUAGGGUUCUGAACACGAUGAACAGAAUAUUUACUCCAAGAUUAACAGUACGACUGUCAGUGUUUGGAACAGUCAUAGGAGGUGCUGUUCUCCUCAGGGACUACUUUGGAGGUGCUGUCUGCAAGAGUCAGAAUCGUAUAGAGGGGAAGACUGUCAUCAUAACCGGUGCCAACUCAGGAAUAGGAAAGGAAACAGCCAAAGAUUUAGCAAGGAGAGGAGGCCGUAUCAUACUAGCUUGUCGGAAUGAGGUAAAAGCAGAAAAGGCACAGAGAGAGAUAGUUGGAGAGACAGGCAACCAGGACGUAGUGGUCAGGAAACUAGACUUGGCGUCUCUGAAGUCCAUCAAGGAGUUUGCACAAAAAAUCAUCUCAGAGGAGCCUCAUGUGGAUAUUCUGAUCAACAAUGCGGGCAUCAUGCGAUGCCCAUUUUGGAAGACUGAGGAUGGCUUUGAGAUGCAGUUUGGUGUCAACCAUCUCGGUCAUUUCUACCUCACCAAUCUUCUCCUUGACAAGAUGAAGUCCUCAGCACCAAGCCGCAUAAUCACUGUCUCGUCCUUGGCUCACACCACAGGAGAGAUAGACUUUGAUAACCUCAACAGCGAGUCUGGGUACAGGACUGCAGAUGCCUACUCUGACAGCAAGCUUGCUUGUGUGCUCUUCACACAUGAGCUCAGCAAGAAGUUGAAAGGCACAGGUGUGAUUGCAAAUUCUCUCCAUCCUGGUGUUGUCAAGACACAGAUUGGUCGUCACACCGGCGUACACAAGUCAGGCUUCUCUUCAUUCAUUCUCAGUCCAGUCUUUUGGAUGUUUGUUAAGACACCAAAGCAAGGUGCCCAGACCAGCAUCUAUUGUGCAGUGGCCAGUGAGGUGGAAGGUGUGAGUGGCAAAUAUUUCAGGGACUGCACUGAGGCAGACUGUCACCCCAGGGGGCGUGAUGAUGCAGUUGCACAGAGGUUAUGGGAAGAGAGUGCCAGGCUCGUGGGACUUGACCAAGAUGGAGUAGCACAAGAGAAACAAUCAUAAGAGAUAACAGUCCAAGCAGGAAUUGUUGGGAGUCUGGAAAGUCAGCUGUGAUGAUUGUAAGGAUCCUGUACACAUGGUGUUGUGAAUUGUUUUCUCCAGUCAGCCAACAAUGGAGUCUUACUAUGGGUGAAACUACAGUCAUCCUAAGAAUGGAAAAUUUUGUCACACAUGAAAGUACAAGUGUGCUAACAGAUGAACCCAUCAUCUGCCUUUUGCAUGAGUGUCAAAGCAGAGUUACCGAAGUGUAAACACAGUGUUCAAGUAACUACUGAAGUAGGCAACGUUGACUCAAAGGCGACAUUGAAAGAUUUGUUUCGACUGCAGAUGCAUGCCUGCAUGUGCGUACCAGUCUUGCUAAUCCUGUUGGUCAGGCUGAUGGAGGAAAGGAAAGUAUGGUAGGCAUAUGUCUUUCCCAAAGGAAUGGGUCCAUGUGCUACUCUUACCAUGUUAUGACACAGUGUAAUUUUGUCAAGUGUAUAAACUAGUGUUCACGCAGAUCGUAUGCUGGUCUUUGGGGCAUUCCCCCCACCCCCCUGAUCCAGUAACUGUAACCUCACAGAAGAAACAUUGAGACGAAAGGGUUGAUAAGUUGUUAUAUUCUUGUGUUAGCUCUGUUCCUCAUAUGCAUGUACAUUUGUGCGAUAAAACUGCAAACAAAUUACAAAGAUCACGCUAGAACUUCUUUUUUGUAAGAAACUACAAAGCAAAUACUAAUACGUGCUAUAUGUACAUGUACAUGCAUUUUCCAAAAUAUUUCUCACAAUCAAAACCCAAUCCUAUCCUUACAAAUCAAGCUGUGAAAUAUAUAGAGGACUCCUACAAGUGUUGUUUACAAUAAGCCAUAAAAAAAGAAAUAUAGGCACUCAAGCCAUCCAUUCUCAGCGAGACUCUUGUAGACUUCCAGGCUGUCUGACUUGAACAUCGGUGAUUCGUGACUUGCACACUGCCAUUACUUCUUUACAAGUUCAUUCAUACACAAAUGUACAUGUAAGUAUCCCUAUGAAAGGUUCAGAAUGAAUAAGGUUGACUUUACAUAAUAACAACAAGAGGGAAUCAAGUGCUUUACACAAACUUGCAAAGGGCCCCUAAAAUAAUAGUCUUAGUUGCUGCACAGUACAGUUAACAUUACAUGUACCCAAAUAUAAAGUCUAACAAACAAGGUUUAAUCUCCCAACCUGUCUUUAACGUGUAUACAUGCACAUGAAGAUUCCACAACGAAAACUGUGUGCAAGUUACGGUGUGUAGGCCUACAUGUACAUGUCUUUAACUGGACCCAAAAAGAAACCCAAAUUCACCAAAUGGGAACCAUUCCCAGAACCAUAUUUAUCUCAUAUGGCAACAGCUGGAUACAAAAUUCAGAAGAUAAAAUAUAAGGUAAACCGAUCAUUCUGUGGCUUUGAAUGCACAAAAAGGGACGAUAAACGUGUCCGUUAAAACAUCCAGGCGUCAACAAGGAUGAAUUGUAUUAUGAUAGCAUGCACAUACUUCUAGCCAGAGGUAUAGAACCCGAAAAAGGAGAGUUCACAUGUGAAUGGCAAACGGCACAGAUCUGCCGGCUUUUUUCCGCUAUCUGUGGGGAUUACUGUUGUAUAUCUUGCAACAUUAUGCAAUCUCAGGGAAUGCAACUUCAGCUAUCUCUUCAGUUAUACGUAGCAUUGAGAUGACUUCAUUGCCAUCACUGUCUGGCUUGUAUUGGACAAAUGGGUACUCUGAACAACUUUGCCACAACUUUUUUCUCCAACUCAUGGGUUGCUUUGUAGGUUCAGAAGUUCAGCAAGUGACAUGGUAAUCACCCAUAUUUGUUCUCCACAGUAGAGCAGCAGCACAAUUCAUGCAGGCUAGCAACUUAGUGUCCGAGUACUUCAACCUCAACAAUAGGUGGAAUAUCCUCUCCUGACAAACUUGGCAUGUUCGAAUGUCUGGAGCUGUAUGGGAGGGGGCUGGGUUACACAUGAUGCAGUGGAUGACAUCUUAUAAGGAGAUCCAUUAGCUGUCUCCCUACAUUGGCCUUGGUCGGAACAUGUGGACGCAUUGUGGUUUCUUUUGGCCAUCUUCUUGACACUACAGCUUGUGGUGUUAUCUCUCAGUACGUUUGAACUUUCAUUCGGUGUUAUCUUGGCCAGUCUUGGACAUUAGUAAUUCCAACUGAAAUAUGUUAAACACCUGAAACUGGGCAUGCACAGAUGUUCAGAAUGUAUAAAAUGCAGCCUCAAGUUCACAUGAUAGUCUUCAAUAUUAAACUGGUAACUCUGUGAAAACUGCAAAUAAAGGAUAAUUUCAAAUACUGAGUCCAGUGCGAUGCAGGUACUCUACAUUUAAUUUACGUGCAAAUAACGUAUCAAUGAGUGUCCUGUGCUUGUUGCUAAAACUCAUAAACUCAAGCUUCAGACAAUACACUGCUCUGAAUCUGCAGUCGAAAUGAGCUGAAAUUUGAUGGCUUCAUUGGUUGACGGAUGGAAAUGUUUCCAGAUCCUUCUGUAGUUCUGCUGAACCACAUAAGACCUUGGGUUAAUNAAGUGAUGUUGGAGAACUCUGUCUAGCUGCCAGGUGUUUGUGCUGGGAAAUGGGGCCAUUCAGGCCGGCCGACUUUCUAGUCAAAUUAUUGCUUCUGUUGAACUUGAAUUUUUCUCAAUAGCUGUUUGACUUCUUAGAUUUAAGUUGAAGUAGAGAUCGAGCUACUGGAAGCAUGCUAUGGGGUGAGUCCUAUCAGAAGCUGUAUUGGGGACAGGAGGCAUUGUGCAUGUAGGUUUCUAUAUUGGUUCGUCUCUCCGUUUGAUAGUUCAUGGUAAGGCAAGGAUGUGAUAUGCUGUAGGUUAUACGUGUAUACACCGCAGAACUUGUGAAACUCUUAUCACUGAGGAAGGACAUAGAAGGAGUAAAAUGUCUAGUACUUCAAAGUGAUUGAUGAUUGUUGCCGUCGGUUCUGACAAAUAACAGAAAACUAAGCCUGCAGCUUAGUGGGACCAAUAUUAUCCUAAUGUUACUUGUGUUUUGCUUGCAAUAACUGGGGCGUAUUGCUGUGAGCGAGAAAUAGACGUUAGACCUACUUUUGCCAUCAUGAAUAAACUUUUUCAUAUUGGUUCUCUGUUCCUUUA